CAAGAGUCUUCUGCUAAACUGCUAAACACCAGAAGAAACGAGUGUCAGUAUAUUCAUAUCUAGCGAUGCGGUGGUAUCUUUGUACACGAAUGAACUCGCUCUGUUGGGUGGUGAGGUAGACGGAUCUUUAAUCUAAAGACAAGGGAUUUAGAUUUUUUGCGUUAUCAAACUGUAAAAUGAGCGGCCGCGCGAGAGUCCGGGCCGUGGAAUUGCUGGGCAGCGGAGCCUCGAGGCUCUUUCUCUCCACAUCAGUCGCUCCGCACUCGACCGGAGUAACAUUAACGUUACACGGCAUCAACAAAAGGUUUCGGUCAACAUCGUCCAUGUCCAGUUACACUGAGCUGGCUCGGGAGCGGUCCAAAACCGUUACGUCUUUUUACAACCAGCCUGCCAUCGACUCAUCUUCCGAGAAGCCUUCUGUCAGACUGACGCCAGCUACUAUGCUGUAUGCAGGGAAGUCUCCUGAUGGACAACACAUCCUGAGCAGUGCCAGGUAUCUACACAAAGAGCUGCCUGUACGUAUUGCCCAUCGCAUUAAGGGUUUUCGCAGCCUGCCCUUCAUUAUCGGCUGCAACCCAACCAUUCUCCAAGUGCACGAACUUUAUAUCAGGGCCUACAACAUGCUGAGCGACUUCCCGGCUAUCACAGACCAGGAGACUGAGGCUCGCUAUAGCAAACUUGUAAAACAGCUUCUUGACGAUCACAAAGAUGUUGUCACCAUGUUAGCCGAAGGAUUCAGGGAAUGUCGUAAACACAUAAUGGAUGAGACUCUGGUUCGUAAUUUCUUGGACACAACGUUGACGUCUCGUCUGGGCAUCCGCAUGCUGGCCACACACCACAUUGCCCUUCAUGAGGAUAAUCCUGACUUUGUAGGCAUUAUCUGUCGCCGCCUGUCCCCUAAAAAGAUCAUCGAGAAGUGGGUUGAUUUUGCUCGACGGCUCUGUGAGCAUCAGUAUGGGAAUUCUCCACGGGUUCGCAUUAAUGGCCAUGUGGCGGCCCGCUUUCCCUUCAUCCCACUGCCUCUGGACUACAUCCUGCCUGAGCUACUGAAGAACGCCAUGAGGGCCACCAUGGAGAGUCACUUGGACACUCCUUACAAUGUGCCUGAUGUUGUGGUCACAAUCGCCAACAAUGACACAGACUUCGUCAUAAGGAUCUCAGACCGUGGUGGUGGCAUUCCUCACAGCAUUCUGGACCGGGUGAUGGAUUACCACUUCAGCACUGCUGAACAGAGCACACAGGAUCCUCGCAUGAGCAACCUUUUCGACAACAUGACCAACAGCGGCCCCCAGUCUGGACCCAUGCAUGGGUUUGGCUUUGGUCUGCCUACGUCCCGAGCGUAUGCUGAAUACUUGGGAGGUUCCUUGGCCAUCCAGUCGAUGCAGGGCAUCGGCACCGAUGUCUAUCUGCGUGUUCGGCACAUCGAUGGCAAAGGAGAGAGCUUCAGAGUUUGAUGUCGUGGUCUAUUCCUAGAGCUUGUGGUCAGUCACCAUGUUGAAGAUUUUAAAGGCUGAAGAGGAACCAAAGCCAGGAUGUUAAACAUUCGUCCUUUCACUCAUAUUACCCGUCACUGCAUCAGUAUCACUGCGUUUUCUGCAGAUUAUGGGUGUCAUGCUUGGGAUUCACAAUGCGUUGUGUUUAUGUAGUGCACUGUGAUUUCUAUUAAACUUUCAGUGUGUUACUGUCCAUCGUCACUAGUGGGACGAGUCCUUACACUCCAGACGCUUUCAGAAGAUGCUCUCUAGACAGCCAUAUCCUGCUGGUUUUUCUUUUCUUUU